AAAAAAUAACCCCAACUAAACUAGCCACUUUCGGUUACGCUUUUUGGAAGCCAAUGACACUUCUUGCCGAAGAGGACAGCUUUGACAUUCCAUCAACAACGCCACCAACAAAACUACGUAACAGAUAAAGUAGGAUGAGCUCCCAACCGCCCAAACCUCUAGGUCUCUCCGUUCGCGACCUGCUCUUGGAAUUGAAGAGAGGCAGUGGCGGUGACAGCGCUGUGUCUGAUGGCAAGAACUAUGUGCUACCUGCCUACAAUGAUAUUUUGGUGCAGACUUGCCUGGAUGAAAUGAAUGGCCAUUUGCAGGAGUUGGAAGAUCAGGUCUCUACCGUCACACAACGAAGCAAAGAGAAAACUCCCAUGUCAGUUCGUCCCUCUCUGUUGCUUCAGAACGCUGCCAUUCAACGCCAUAAACGGUGUUUGUUGACGUAUCACCAAGUCCGAUUAAACUCAAUCCAAGACAUGUACUGGCAACAGGGCGUGGCGUCUGUCAACAAGGCAAAAGCCGACAACAAUCAGAACGAAAACUUAUCUCCGUUGGAGCAAGAAUUUCAACAGGAAUAUCAUAAGUUGAUUCAGAAAUAUGCAUCGUCAUUGGAUUUGGAUCUUCACAGUUUGCCAACGCCUCCCUUGCCGCAAGAUAGAGUCCAAGUCAGAGUUCUAAGGGAUGACGUCUUUGGAGAAGUGGGUUCCAUGAUUGCCCUGGAAAGUGGAGCUUCGGUUACGUUUACCAAGGGAAGUACCCACUUUUUGUUGUUCUCGGAUGUAGAGGUUUUCAUCAAUGAUGGCUACUUGGCACUAUUGGAAGGAGAGGAGCAAGACAUGUAACGCGACAACUAUGAAUGCUUUUGGUCGGUUUGGUUGGCUAUGGUGUCCAAUGUUCGUGAUAGUACUUAUAGUGACGACCGGUACUCUCCAGAUUGCUGGGACACUCUUGCACACGAGAAAACAUUAUGGUUCUGCAACAAUACAUUGCUAGCUACAUGCAGUUAGUUUUUUAAGUUGUGUCAAAGAAGUGAAAUUGUAUUGUCGUCAA